AUGAAAUCAGGUAUUUUCGACCUUUUUGAAACGUCGUGCAUACCCGGAAUCCUAUGGUCACAUUGUGAUUACGUACAAGACCUCCGUUUGCCGGUAUAUUGGCAAGAAGGGAAUUCCAAGCAUACCAAGGUCGAUGAUAUUGCUCUCGGCGGGUACGAUCACAGUGUUAAGUUAAAUCCUAACUCAAAGACUAUGCUUCAACUCCGCACCAAUGAGGUGUCGUCCUUUAAUUGUCGUACCCUAUGA